UGAUGACGUAACCUGAAAGAAAUCCGGUGGAACUCGGAAGAGAGGUGACUGUUGUAUUCUAAAUCAAAAGAUCAAAAUGAAAUCAAAGAUCUAGAACCCUGGCUGCCAUGGAGUCCGAGGGUAACGUGCUCCGCGUGGACUUCCCAAACUUCUCCGGAUCCCUGCUUCAGAAGCUCAACCAGCAACGGCAGAGGGGCCAGCUUUGUGACAUCAUCGUGGUCAUCCAGGGCCACCAGUACCGCGCUCACCGGGCCGUCCUGGCCGCCAGUUCGCCCUACUUCUGCGACCAGGUCCUCCUCAAAAACAGCGCCCGUUGUGUUUUACCCGACGUCAUGCACCCAUGUGUGUUCGAACGCCUCCUCCUCUCUUGCUACACAGGCACCCUGCACCUACCGGCCGGCGAAGUGGUAGCCUUCCUCACUGCAGCAAGCUUCCUCCAGAUGUGGCACGUGGUGGACAAGUGCACUGAGCUGUUAGAGGUGGUAGGAAGCGGCGCAAGAACAUUAGUGCACAAGUCUUCUGGUGAGCUUGGGGACAGGCCUUCCCCUGGAGACAGCAGCUACCACAGCCCUGGGGAUGGCUCCAUGGGCCUGGAGGCCGGCGGAGUAGCAGUGGAGGGCUUUGCCAAGAUGGAAAUGGAUCAGCUCCUGGAGAACAGCUUCUCCCCAUCCUCUCUGGAGAACAACAGCACCCAGCCCGGCGGCAGCUGCUCUCCGCCGGUCGACCACGACGGCUCAGGUAGCGAGGCCACCAGCCAGGACGGGGAUGACGAGGAGGUUGGUGAGGGGGACUACCAGUACUCCAGACCAGCCUACGUCCCACCCAGCAUCAUGGGCCACAGGAAAUGGGUCCAUGUGAAGUCAGAGAGGCGUGAGGAUUGCGGGGGCGGCGGGGCUCUGUUUAGCGGGGAUCCUGCGGUUACUGACCCCGAGCAGAUGAACUUUAACCUCUCCCAGGCCUCGGCCAGCAAGAGCUCCCUGGGCCACAGCAUCGACGAGAAGCUGGCAGCUCAGCUGGAGGAUCGCCUGGAAGAGGACCCGCUGGACUUUUAUGGCACAUCCAUGGAGGGCUUCUCUGCCGACAAGGUCGAAGGGACCCCGCUUGGGCUGAAGAACGACCUGCUAGGAGGUGCAACCGGGGGUGAGGAGAGUGGCGGUGGUUUGGAAGGAAAUCCCAGUGGCCUCCAGGAAGAGACUUCCCACUCGGGCUUUGCCUCAGUGGUCUACAAAUUGUACCCCUGCCAGUGUGGCAAGAGCUUCACCCACAAGAGCCAACGGGACCGGCACAUGAGCAUGCACCUUGGCUUGCGGCCAUACGGCUGCGCCGUGUGCGGUAAGAGCUUCAAGAUGAAGCACCACCUGGUGGGCCACAUGAAGAUUCACACGGGUGUAAAGCCCUACGAGUGCAGCCUGUGUGCCAAGCGCUUCAUGUGGCGGGACAGCUUCAACAGACACACGUCCUCCUGCACCAGGGCCCACCAGGCCCGGACUGCCGUCAACGAGCAGGCUGCCCAGAUCUGCUGACCCCAGAUCAGAUUUCCAACUACAGUUCACCUCGUCAUCUCCCACAGUCCCUUAUCAGUUUCACUGAGCAGGCUGCCCAGAUCUGCUGACCCCAGAUCAGAUUUCCAACUACAGUUCACCUCGUCAUCUCCCACAGUCCCGUAUCAGUUUCACUGAGCAGGCUUCCCAGAUUUGCUGAUCCUGGAUCAGAUUAACACACCAGCUUGGAUGACCACCCUCCAAUCAGUUUAGGUGGAUUUAGGGUUAAUCCACCCCUUUUGAUUUGAACAAAACCUUCCAUACAUAUUUGCCCGUUGUAGAGGUGCUCAGAAACAGCUUUUUCUUUUACCUGAAUGCCAACAUAUUCAAAAGAUUAAGGUGCUCAAAGUUGACCCAUUCUUCAUACCUAACCAUUCCAUAAAACAUCCAUGUCUUCAUCACUGGAAAAGAUCAACGGAUUACAUUUAUAUCAUUUGAAAAGCUUACAAACAGGGUUGUCAAACUAUUUGAUAUAUUUUGCCAUCGGUUGAGACACAACAUGCUCUUGAAUACAGGGUGGGUAUAAUGGUUUGGCUAAUAAAUGUAGUAAAAUGGGAAUAACAUUUACAUUUCACGUGGAUCCACAAAGAUGGUUGGAGGUCCAGACAUCAGAGAAUGUUGACUUGAAUGGGAAUAUCUGUUGUUUUAAAUUAUACUGUCAAUCCUUCAUAGGAAACCUAUUGGAAUCAUAGGAAUUUACAUUUUUACAUUUGUCAUUUAGCAGAUGCUCUUAUCCAGAGCAACUUAUGUGUGAGUGCACACAUUAUAUUUCUUUUUUUCCAUUUAAAAAUAAAAAUACUUGUCCCUCGUGGGACUCAAAGCCACAAUCUUGACGGAGCAUAGAUCAAAUAGAUAAUUGGAAAUAUAGAUAAUAGAAUAGACAUGACGAUUUAAGUUUACAUUUAAUGGUGGGUUGACCGGCGGUCACCUUUGUGGUAGACUGGUAGUAGUUAAAGUUAACAUUUUAUUCAAUUAUCAUUUCAGUGGUGUACCUGGAGGUUAUUCAGUAGUGAGUUGCCUAGUUAAAUAAAGGUUAAAUAUGUUUUAUUUUUUUAAACCCAGCUAAAUUGCAGUGGUCUGAAGGGAUAGGUCCAUUAUAUUUCUAUGAUUGAAAUGAUACCCACCUUGUAUUCUAGAGCAGGUUGUGUCUCAACUGUUGGUGGGCAAAACACAAAAACCUCAGAUGAUGUGAAAUAGGGCCUAAGCUACAUAUGCAAAUAUGAAUUUAAAAAAUCAGAGUUUACACAUUUUUAGAUAAUUGAAGUUAAAGGUUUAAAAAAAUGUUUAAAUUUUUUAAUCCUUUGACACGUACCAACAAACGGGUGUGGUCCCUGCAGCGUACGCUCAAACCAGUGUGAUUAGAACGCUUAUUUAGAACGUCCAGUUUUGAUUGACACAACAGUCAGUGUUUGAUCUGGCCACAGCUUUUUCACAGAAACAUUUAGCACAAACACAGUCCUUACAACAUUAUGUCCUGAAUAUGAGCAGUUUAUUUUUGGAUGCAAUGUCCAGACAUUCACAGAAGUAACAACAGCAUAACACAAUCAUCCAAACCGGAAAAUGUAGGCUACAUUAGUCCUAGCGCUAACUGAGGAAAGAUUGAGGCCUGUUCUGACUACAGAUGCACAAAUGUCUGCAUACUUGAUCUGCGGAAACACUGGGGAAGUGCUUGGGCUCUCCUCGAAGUGAGAAGUUUGUCCGGUUCAGUAAAGUCUCAAACAUAAAUUGUCCACAACAGUGAAAUGGGCUACUUCUAUGUGAAUUAAUGAGGAGGUGGAACACAUCUGAAUUCAAACUGUUGUGAGAAAAUAAAACUUGUUAGAAAAUAAUUUGACAUUGACUAGUUGAAACAUAGCCGAUAGAUAAUUAGCAGGCUGCGAGGGUUAACUGUCCUCUUACUGAACUGAUCACAUUUAGGAACAUUCAUUGGGGGUGGCAGGUAGUCUAGUGGCUAGAGGGUUAGACUAGUAACCGAAAGGUUGCAAGAUCUAAUCUCCGAGCUGACAAGGUAAAAAUCUGUCGUUCUGCCCCUGAACAAGGCAGUCAACCCACUGUUCCUAGGCCGUCAUUGAAAAUAAGAAUUUGUUCUUAACUGACUUGCCUAGUUAAAUAAAAGUAAAAUUUAAAAAAUCUGACAUCACGUGUAUUAAACAACUCACGCUGGUGUGACCGAUAGAGAUAUUUGGAACUCACAAGUGAAAAUGUUAAAUAUAAUAUGAAGUAAAUCAUGAAAUAGUUUGAUAACACUUUGUCAUCUUCUAAAUGACAUCAAAAUCAGUAAUGAAGACAGGGAUGUCUCAUGGUAUGGUGACAUGGGUCAACUUUGAGCACCUUUAUCUUCUGAAUGUUUUGGCAUUCAGGUCCAAAAAGUCAUUUUCUGAUCACUUCUUCCAUGGGCAAACAUGUAUGGAAAGUGUUGUUUAAAUCAAAAAGUGAUUGACUUCAAAUGGAUUUACCCUUAUAGAUUUACAACGGGGCAGCGGCCUGAGCCAACCGUCACAUACAAACUGAUCCAAGAUCAGAAUCCUGGGACGCCAGCUUUGCAGUCUAGUUAGCUACUCAGAUCUGCCGAGUCAGAAUCAGAACCUCAGAAAUUGUGGUGUGUGGACUGCUAUAGCCACUUAACAGGAGAAACAUGGAGUGCAUGUACAGUGCCUUCAGAAAGUAUUCAUACCCUUUUACUUAUUCCACAUUUUGUUGUGUUACAGCCUCAAUUCAAAACAUUUAAUUUCUUCUACUUCUCACCCAUCUACACAAUACCCCAUAAUGAAAAAGUUAAAACAUGUUUUUAGAAAUGUUAGCAAAUUUAUUGAAAAUACAAUACAGAAAUAUCUCAUUUACAUAAGUAUUCACACCCCUUAGUCAAUACUUUGUAGCAGCUGUGAGUCUUUCUGGGAAAGUUUCUAAGAGCUUUCCACAUCUGGAUUGUGCAACUUUUGCAUGCUAUUCUUUUCCAAAUUCAAGCUCUGUCAAAUUGGUUGUUGAUCAUUGCUAGACAACAUCAGGUCUUGCCAUAGAUUUUCAAGAAGAUUAAAGUCAAAACUGCAACUCGGCGACUCGGGAAGAUUCACUGUCUUCUUGGUAAGCAACUCCAGUGUAGAUUUGGGCUUGUGUUUUAGGUUUUUGUCCUACUGAAAGGUGAAUUAAUCUCCCAGUCUCUGGUGGAAAACACUGAACCAGGUUUUCUUUUAGAAUUUUGCCUGUGCUUAGCACCAUUUAGUUAAUUUUUUAUCCUGACAAAUUCCCCAGUCCUUAACGAUUACAAGCAUACCCAUAACAUGAUGCAGCCACCACUAUGCUUGAACAUAUGGAGAAUUAUACUUUGUAAUGUGUUGCAUUGGAUUUGCCCCAAACAUAACACUUUGUAUUCAGGACAAAAAGUGAAUUAGUUUACCACAUUCUUUUGCAGUAUUACUUUAGUGCCUUUUUGCAAACAGUAUGCAUGUUUUGGAAUAUUUUUAUUCUGUACAGGCUUCCUUCGUUUCACUCUCUCAAUUAGGUUAGUAUUGUGGAAUAGCUCCAAUGUUGUUGAUCCAUCCUCAGUUUUCUCCUGUCACAGCCAUUAAACUGUAACUGUCACCAUUGGCCUCAUGGUAAAAUCCCUUCCUCUCCGGCAACUGAAUUCGGAAGGACGCCUGAAUCUUUGUAGGGACAGGGUUUAUUGAUACCCCAUCCAAAGUGUAAUUAAUAAUUUCAUCAUGCUCGAAGGGAUAUUUAAUGUCUGCUUUUUUUAUUUGAACCCAUCUACCAAUAGGUGCUGUUCCUUGCGAGGCACUGAUAUGAGGUAGUCAUUAAAAAAUCAUGUUCAACACUAUUAUUGCACAUAGUCCAUGCAACUUAUUAUGUGGCUUUUAAGCCAAUGUUUACUUCUGAACUUAAUGAGGCCAUUACAAAAGGGUUGAAUACUUAUUGACACAAGACAUUUCUGCUUUUCAUUUUUAAUUCAUUUGUAAAACAUGUAUAAACAUGAUUCAACUUUGACAUUAUCAGGUACUGUGUGUAGGCCAGUGGGGAAAAAAAUCUACAUUUAAUCCAUUUUAAAUUAAUUCUGUAACACAACCAAAUGUGGAAAAAGUCAAGGGGUGUGAAUACAUUCUGAAGGCACUGUAAAUAGACUUUGAAGCAUGAAUGGGUUGGUCACACAUCUAAUGUGGGGUCCAUGUUACCUCAAUGUUCUCACAUCAAUAGCACACUGGCUAAAGCCAUGAUAUUUACUUGGUUUAAACCAUAUAUGGGCCUUUCUUUUGUUAACUAUGUGGUAGGGUGUUUUUUCGCCCUCAGGACUGGAUGUUGGAGAGUAGUGCCAUUUAUCUUGUCAAUUAGCCUGCCAUUCCCCAGAGGAGUUGCCAUUUUGAAACCUUACUUGUUUAUCCUCCGAUGACUUCUCAUAUCUGUCACCUUGAAAAUCAGGGAUUCUCCUGUUUAUCGUGUAUUAAUAGUUUAUUUAUUCAUGGUUUUGGGAGUGGAAUCAUGUAAAUGAGACAGUGUAUCUUUGACAUACUUGUACAGUUGUAGAAAAUGAUGGUAUGUUCAAUGAUGGUGAGUAUGGUUUGUUAAGGUGUGCCAAUGUACUGUGUAGCCCAAGUUAGGUAAACAUAACUUGUGAGGCUGUUGAGCUAUGUAAAUGGAAUAGUACUUAUGAUAUUAGCGCACGUUUUUGACUUAUUGAACAUACUUUAAAGUCCAGUGUUUCCAGAUUUCUAUGAAAUAUGAUCCUAAAAUGAAUUACAAUUUGAGUGAAAUACUUUUCCUUCCAAAAAUGGGUAAUCAAGCAUGUUAAAACACAGCUUUUCUGGGUUGGAAUUGUGUGUGCGUACCCCAACAACAGAAUUGUGUGUGCGUACCCCAACAACAGAAUGGUGUGGGUGUACCCCAACAACAGAAUGGUGUGGGUGUACCCCAACAACAGAAUGGUGUGUGCGUACCCCAACAACAGAAUGGUGUGGGCGUACCCCAACAACAGAAUGGUGUGGGUGUAUAUCGUUCAUUAAAAAUGUUCAUGCAAGUUGCCCUGCUCAGCCAAUGAGGUGUGACAAUGGGGCAACUUGUUCAUGCAAGUUGCCCUGCUCAGCCAAUGAGGCAGGGUGACAUCAUUCUCUAUGGGUAAAUAGCAAGUAUUUUUUUAAAUGGUCUGUUUGAGAUACAAGUUUGAGGUGGAGUUUAAGUGUUUUUUUUCUCCAAUUUAUGCUUUGGCCACAAAUCUGAGUAUGAAACGAGUCAACAUAAUGAUUUUGGUUUGAGUUAACAGAAUAUAUACUUUUAAAAGUUAGGUUUUCCCUGGAUAGUUACUUUAAGUUUAAUGAGUCAUGCUUUUCAGUUUUGGAAAUAGUAUUCUUAAAGGCACUUAAACCUAGUUUGAACCAGAGCAUGCCUUUCUAGUGACUUUUUGCCAGUAGGCUACCUGCUAGAUAGUCUCUUCACACUUUUGUACAGUCAGCCACAUAAAGAGUUAUGUGAAAAAUAAUAAAAGGUAGUAUGCCUAAUUUUUAAAUGAUGCCUGGGAUAAGUCAUAAGACUGUUUCGCUUGCUAGGUUUGUGAUGCUAGGUCUGUUUUACAGUUUAUACUAUUUCAAUUCAAACAGGAUUUGACUGAUGUUAUAUUUCCAAACAACAAUUGAUAUGUUUAACUGGAAACCUCAAUUACAUAUACUAAAACCUCAACAUAUUUAUCAUAAAAUAUUUAACUAUAUUUUCGGGAAGUAGGUAUAAAUAAAUGUACAAAUGCACAAAAAGAUUACUGUAGUUUGUAGUUACCCAACAUCUGAUAAUCAACAUAUUGAAUAUAGUUUGUGGUUUCUUACUACUCUUAUAGCCUAAUAAAUAUUGUUUUUAGAUAAUUUAUGACUGACAUUGUUGAUAUAUUGUUAUUUUUUUAAUCAGCACGCGUUAAUGGAUUUUGAAUUUAAGAUAUGAUCCUUGUAGAAUGAACGUUAAAUCCUAAAAUGUUUUGUAAAAAAGGUGACAAUUGGUACUUAUACCACCACAACGAGGAAUAUGCCACAAUCUGUUCACCAAUAGCUUUCUAGGUAUUGUUAAAGACAAUUAAAGUGGACAGUCUAAGAUUUUGCACUAGUUGCUACUUUAGUGACUAUGUAUUACGGGUGCCCUGGGAAAUAAAGAGCAAACUAUCUUCAUUUUGAGGAUAAAAAAUAUAAUGAUUUAACUACAGGACCAACUGAAUUUGUUUGGGAAGAUGUUUCUGCUUUUGCUUCCUUAUAUUAGUGAUGACAUUUUGUAGUAUACUGAAUAAUAGAAUACUACACAUGUUAGUAUCCCUUGAUCAGGUUCCAUGAUCAAACAUGUUUUUAGAAAUGUUUGCAAAUGUAUUGAAAAUGAAAUACAGAAAUAUGUCAUUUACAUAAGUAUUCACACCCCUGAGUCAAUCCACGUUAGAAUCACGGUUGACAGUGAUUACAGCUGUGAGUCUUUCUUGGUAAAUCUCUUAAGAGCUCUGCACACCUAGAUUGUACAAUAUUUGCACAUUAUUCUUAAAAAAAUAUUCAAGCUCUGUCAAGUUGGUUGUUGCUCUGUCAAGUUGGUUGUUGCUCUGUCAAGUUGGUCAUUGCUAGACAACAAUUGUCAUUUCUUGCCAUAGAUUUUCAAGUAGAUUUAAGUCAAAACUGUAACUAGGCCACUCAGGAAGAUUCAAUGUCAUCUUGGUAAGCAACUCCAGUGUCUGUUCAGUGUUUUUCGGUUAUUGUCCUGCUGUAAGGUGAAAAGAACCUGGACCAACAAAGGUAUUGCAAGUGUCUGGAACAGGUCAUUUUUCAUUAUUUUUCAGGAUUCUUGAUUACUAGUAUGCAAAUUGUAUUUUUGUAUUGGCUGCUAACGAAACAAAAGACAAUCAUUUUAGAGUGACAGUCUUUUUUCAUGUGAAAGCUAACAUUGGUGCAUUUGAUUCAGAGUAGGACCUCUAUGUCUACUGUAUGCGGUACAAAAUAUGGUAUCUGAAAUGAUGCUACGGUAUUUGCUUCCACAUUGCAUUUAUCAGAAGUUCUGUAGGUUAUCUGGAGAAAUUUAAUCUAAUUAUCAAUUGAAAAUAAAUUCCUCUGAAUGAUAGGCCUAGGUACUGUUAAAUAAAAUUAAAGCGAACAGUCUGAGAUUUAGCACUAGUUAGUUGCUGUAUUACAGGUGUCCUGGGAAAAUAAAGAGCAAGCUAACUUCAUUUGAGGAUGAAAAACAAUGAUUAAGCAAUAGGACCAAUUGAGCUUGUUUGGGAAGAUGUUUCUGCUUCCGUGCCCAUUAUAUUAGCGGUGAAACUAAAACUACCUCACAUAAAUUAGCAUGUGUCUUUAGAUUUUUACUAUCUAACAAAAGUUGCUCCCAUUUUUCCAGAACUCUUUCCUAAAACUUUCUUUGUCACCAUUUUCGAUAUUUUCUUCUUAUAGAAGAACUUUGAAUGUUUUGUACAAACAAAAUGUUUUCAGCAAUAAAUGUUUGCUCCCUGUGUAACAUUU